GCUGACAGAGCGUGCAUGGUUGUUGCAGUUUUCGAUCGUUUAUUACCAACGUGAUACACAGUUACUGUGGAGGGGCAGUAUUCUAGUGAGAACGUCCGGAAAUGGCCCUCUUAAUGCUUUUGUACGUUUUCGGGACUUUAGCCGGGCUAUCCCUAGCCGAAAAAGAUGUCGCUGUUAUCGAAAACCCGGAACCAAAUUUUAGAGACAAGUCGACAUUUCAGUGCUACGUAUGCCACCCAUCAAUGCCUUCCUGUGGGAACAGAAUUGACUGCUGUGUAGAACCAAACCCUGCCCAUCUGCAAACAUGCGCGGAGUUCAAGCCUUCGGCAGACGGUAUCACCUACGGAGCCUGCUUCAAGACUACGAUGCUGCAAGACCCAUUUUAUAAUGUUACGCGCGGAUGCAACAAACGAGGAGGUUUGACCGGAAGCGGAAAGGACGAGUGCAACACCAACCCUAGCACUAACGAAGAAACAUGCAACUGCGAUCACUCCCUUUGUAACGGAGGCUCUGCCAUGAAAAUGCAGUUCGGCUUGUUAAUCGGCAUCGUCACGUGGAUUAUCUAUAGAACUGUUCCUUAAAACAAGAAUUAAUACCCAAUUUUGUACAAAUAUUUUUGAUGCAAAUAGUGUCCAUUGUCCUGCAGGGAUACUGCUUCAAAGCACCGAUGGACGAUGACCGUUUUGUUUUUCGUUCCCCUUUUUCCAAAAGACGUCAAUAAACUUUACGUACAUUUUUCGAAAAAUGGGUGCUGCUGUGUUUUUUCACCGUCUGUGAACCACCUAAAUCAAACCCAUAUCAUGGCAUAAAUAAAAGUUUGUUACUCUAA